GGUUGUCGCUGUCACCAUCCCAACAGGGCCUGGGCCUGUUGUCGAGCAGUGAGGGCGUGGGGUGCCUGGAGAUGGGCGUGGUGGAGCCGGGCGACAAGACCACGGGCGGGUGGCUGCGUGCCCUCGGCCUCCCGCAGUACGAGGACCUCUUCGUCGCCCACGGCUAUGAUGACACCGAUUUCAUGAAUGGCGGAAUCCUGGAGAACUUGGACCUUCGUGAGUUAGGGAUCACUCACGCGGCACACCUACACACCCUUCAGGAGGCAGUGAAACGCCUUCCUACACCCCUUCACGCCCUCCGCUCCUCCUACACCCUCCCAGACACCGUCGAGGCCUGGCUGGACUCCAUACGAUUACCUCAGUACGCCCAGAACUUCCACAAAAACGGCUUCGGGGACAUGGAGCGGGUGAGGAAGGUGUGGGAGAUCGAACUCACAACUGUGUUGGAGAUCACGCGUCCUGGCCACCGCAAGAGAAUCUUGGCAUCGCUUGGAGACCGUCCUCUGGAGCCGGAGCUUCCUCCAGCCCUCAACCCUCACGACCUCAGUCUCGAGCUCACCAAACUGAACUCGGACAUCUCGCAGCUGAAAGAGCAGCUGUUCAACGACCUGCCAUCAUCAACGAGUCGUGAAAGGCGGCCGCCAGAGACCGCCACCAACACUAUCCGUCGCUCCGGUACCAAGAAGCGAAGCGCUCCACAGCCACCUUCCAAGACCCCUAGAACACAGCCCAGCCUGGACAUGCAGGGCGGCGCAGACCGUCUGGGUCACUUGUGUAUUCGCGACCCUUCACAGCUUGUAGUGGGCGUCCCCAACACACACCUCACCACCUGGAGACAUCACCCUAAUGCACUAGUGUCUGCUAGCGUCCAGUAUGUUGCACAGUACCUCGGGUCAACUCACGUCAAAGAACUAAAGGGAACAGAAUCAACAAUGAAGUCCAUCCAGAAGUUAAAGAAGUCCACCUCCGAAGGAGUAAAAGUUCCUAAGAUAGUCCUCUCGGUGUCAUAUCGGGGAGUGAGAUUCAUUGAUGCCAUAACGCAGGCAUUAGUGUGUGAACAUGAGAUUCGUAACAUCCACUGUGCCUGCCAGGACGCUGACGACCUCUCUCACUUUGCCUACAUCACGAAAGAUCUGGAAACUAAAGGGCAUUAUUGCCACGUUUUCAGAGUACAGUCUAGGGAACUUGCAACAGAAAUUAUCCUUACUUUAGGGGAAGCCUUUGAAGUCGCGUACCAACUGGCACUCCGAGAGCAGCCAUAUACAAAUCAAUCCGACGAACAAAAGUUAGCUCAUGGACACACGAGGUCAAAGUCGGAGCACUUGCGAAGCUCCCGGUCACUUUCAAAUGGCUCUUCUCACACCAGAUUCAUCACUGUCCUGGACAGAUCACAUUCGACUGUGCCCCAGCAGCUGUCCAUUGGAGGUGUAUCGAGCAGUUCAGCCGAGAAUCUUCUCUCUGACUCUGGGAAUGGGUCGGAGAAAGAGUGUGGCUCUAGAAGAGAUUCCGCCAGUUCGGUACCAUCAGGUCAGACUCAGAUGAAUGGGUCGUAGUGUGCUCCUGUUUAAUUUUUUCAAAGAAUGGUCAAAUACGUGCAAGGAAUUGUGAUGUCUGAAAUGGUUGUCUUGUAGUUUUCAAGUAGCACUUGUAAAUCUUUAAGAGUGAAAGUGUUCACAUACAAGACUCUCUCUCUCUCUCUUUCUUUCUCUCUCUCUCUUUCUCUCUUUUUCUCUCUUUUUCUCUUUCUCUCUUUUUCUCUUUCUCUCUUUCUCUCUCUCUCUUUUUCUCUUUCUCCUCUCCUCUCUCCUUCCUUUUUUUUGAGCCACUGAGUUGAUCUCGGAUUAAAGGCUUAACCUUGUAAGGUAUAUUGAUAUAGUGUACAGACAUUCCUAUAAUAGAAAAUUUAAAGUUUAUUUCUUAACACAGUGAUUGUGUGGGUAUGUAUGCUGCAGAUACUUCGAGUGCAGUUCAACUGUUGGGUAUCUAAUCAAAGAAUGUUUGGAUACUUGAGGACUAUAGAAGUUUGAAUUUUUCUCGAGUUUGUUCUUUAUUUUUCUAAAUUAAAGAUCCUAGGAUUAAUUUUAUCGAUAACCUUAAGCAAAAUAGAAACUGGGAUAGAUUAUACUAAUUGAAUGUACUGUAAUGAAGAUUUCAAAAUCCACUGUAGUCUACCGACUCUGAAAAUGAACAUUGCUGUGUGAAAUUGAUCAGUAUAUGUAGACAAUGCAGGGACUUCCCUAUUGGGCCAGUCUCAAGAUAUGUUUGGGUAACAUUUCAAGUGUUUUGAAAGGUAGCUAACUAAAGUUUCUCAAAGGAAAACACACGCCCAUAUUUAUUUAAAAAGAGUAUUUUGAAAAUAGUGCAUUUCGAUGUCAAAAUGGUGCAUUUUUUCAUUGUUCUUUACCCUAUCACAUUAUAAGAUAGGAGUGAUUUCCAUGUUUAAAGUGAGAUUAAUAAUGUGAACAUAACCUAGAAAAUUAGUCAUGUGUCUGUGAACUAUAAAAUGAAACUAAAAUAUUUGGGAUGUUGAAUCUCAGAAAUAAUAAUUUUUUUUAAAUGGAACAAAAUUGUUUGUUUUUCACAUAGCCUUAAAAAGAGCAAAAUUCAUUGUUUCCAUUUAAGAUAAAAGGGUGAGGAGUGAGGUGGUACAUCAGGCCGCAAGGGUCGGAAGUGGCCUCCCCCAAGCCUGCACGAGCUGUCUUUCACAGUGUGUCAAAUAUUGAUAUCAUCAUUAUAACUGGAGAAAUGUGAUGAGGGCAUGAAUUAUCAUCAUCAUGGAUAUUAUUUGGCAUGACUACUGGCUUUCCUGCUGUGAAUAUUCCUUAAUACUGUAGUUUCAUUCCACAUUUUGCUUUAUGCAGUGUCAUUCAUUAAGAUUCUUCUGUUUUCUGUACACAUUUGACUAUGUCGCUUCUUAUGUGAUGACAAUUGUUACUUUUUCUGUAAAUAUAUAUAUUUUUUUGUCAUAUACCGUACUGUAUAUAUGUAUUUAUCAAUGUGUUAAAAUACUGGGUAUGUCUGGAGGAUGAAUUCAUCAUGUGAUGCAUUGUUCUUUAUGUAGACAAUGAGUCACAAUAAUGUGACUGAAGAGUUGAUACCCAACCAACACAUCUGAAAAUGAAAAGGAAAAAUACAUCUGUCGUGGACUAUUACACGACUUAAGUCGUUAAUAAUAGUCCAGGACGAACUGAAGUUGUGUUGUUUCUUCGUUCACAGAUGUGAGGGUUGGAUAUUGUUCUUCAUGUCAUCAGUGAUAUUAGAUGGGUAAAUAGCAUACGACUGACUGUAACCAGUUAGUCGGCUACAUCUGUUACCGGCAGAUUUUAAGUAAUGUGUUCAAGAAUUUGUUCCAAGGACACCUAUUGCCUCAUUUGUUUCCUCUUUGACACUACAUGACAUUCAUUCCUCUUCGUUAUUUUCUCAGGUUCCAAGUUCUGGACAUAGUACUGAGCACUGCAUCAGCCCGGCAAGUGCCAAUAUACUGUAUAUAUGUGUGUGAAUGUCUCAUCAUAGUUUUAUAAACUUGUAUUGACAAGUGGUUCUGAGUCAAAUGACACUUGCAGAAUAAGUGCCCCCAAACCACAGACCACAUAUAUAGUUAAUAUUCUUUAGUAUCAAGCGUAGCAUGAAGAGUGUAUUAGUUAAAUAAUCCAUUUAUCUUCUCAUUGUGAUCAUAGCAUAUAUAAUGUAAACAAAAACAAAAAAAUAGGUAUUCUCCAAAUGUCAUUUAAGUGAUAAUAGAAUAAAGAGAUAAUGAGCAACCACUUUCCAGAGAGUGGUUAAGUGGGAAGGGGGAGUGGGGGGCGGGGGGGAGCUGAUCAAAGAAGCUAUGUUGCAUCACGCCUUUUUGAACGGUGCUUAAUUGAGCACUACAGUACUUGUAUAGUUGUACUUCUGGCUUGUUUGCACAGUUGAUAAUGUAAGGUGUUUCGUGAUGCUGUCAAAAGCUACAUUUCAAAAUUUUGACUAAAAUUAAAGUUACAAUCGAUGUAUUUCUCCUUUUGAAAACUCAUAAUAAAAAAAAAAAAUUAAUGCCUUAGGAAUAUAUAUAUUUUUAAUCACCUCAUUAUAUAUAUAUAUAUAUAUAUAUAUAUAUAUAUAUAUAUAUAUAUAUAUAUAUAAAAUAUAGAAAAUGUUAAUCUUCAAUUUAACUCGUUUUUAUUGGCACUUUUAUCAUAAUAAUUCAAGAUUUUUCCACGGCAUUAUUCACCUAAUUGUUUAAAUUGGUUCGGUUGUUGCCGCACUUUCAUCCAUCUCACUGGAAACUACCUAUAAUGCUUAGAGCUGUGAAAAAGUAUAGGAAAGCAAAGGUAUUAUAUGUCCACACCUUUCAACUUUAAUGAUGCAUCAAAUCUUGAUUUUUUUUGUGGGACUCAUUCCAUGCUAGUCAGUCAUAUUACUACUAAUGACAAGUGAGGGGGUAUUGUAUCACAGUUGUCAUCAGUGUGCUCAUAGUGGUGGCUGUAGGAAGUAUUGUAUCACAGCUGUCAUCAGUGUGCUCAUAGUGGUGGCUGUAGGGAGUAUUGUAUCACAGCUGUCAUCAAUGUGCUCAGUGAGGUGGUUGUAGGGGGGGGGGGGAAGGUUGUAUCACAGCUGUCAUCAGUGUGCUCAGUGAGGUGGUUGUAGGGGGGUGGGGGGGGGUUGUAUCACAGCUGUCAUCAGUGUGCUCAUAGUGGUGGCUGUAGGGAGUAUUGUAUCACAGCUGUCAUCAAUGUGCUCAGUGAGGUGGUUGUAGGGGGGGGGGGAAGGUUGUAUCACAGCUGUCAUCAGUGUGCUCAUAGUAGUGGUUGUAGGGGGGUGGGGGGUUGUAUCACAGCUGUCAUCAAUGUGCUCAGUGAGGUGGAUGUAGGGAGAUUGUAUCUCAGCUGUCAUCAAUGUGCUUAGUGUGGUGGUUGUAGGGGAAGGGGUGCGGGGGGGAUUGUAUCUAGGCUGUCAUCAGGAUUUUGUUGUAGAAAAUGCUCAUACAGCUGGUGCAGAUGGACUGAAUGAAUUUUGAGAUGCAUGAUUUUGUUACCUUUUUUUUGUGUAUUGUAUCGUGAAAGGUUUGCCAUGUUUUAUAUAAGUUUUGUACAUCAAAUGACCUUUGCAGAGUUUUUUUUAACUAUUUUUCCUAUGUGGAGACUUUCUACUGCUAACUGGUACUGUACUUCUUGAUGGUACUGUGCAAUUCCAUUACAGAAAUAGACUACUACUUAUGACUUACCCGGAACUAUUUUAUAGUUAUGUUAUCGGUUAAGGAGUUUUAGAAGUAAUAUAUGCCUGACAUAUAUUGUUUUAUAUCAAAGAAUUUUUACUGAAUGCUGUAUAAAUAUUACACUUGUAUAAAUAUAAUGCCAGGAAAGUUUGAACGCACCAGUUACUGAAGUGUGCUGCGGGCGCGUGCUAGUCAUGAUGAAGAUAUGUUCUCUGUGUCUGUAGCUGUAUUGUUGUUUAUGUUGUAGGCUGACUGGACACAUGCCAAUUGCUGUGGUAUAGGAAUGUGCGAGUAUUAUUGGUGUAACUUAUAGCCGCCUGCCUCUUAACUCAAUAUCCAAACACCCUCCUGAGACCAAUGAGAGUUUUCUUAGAUUUUUUAGUGUUUUAUAUGUUUUAUACAUGUUCUCCAAACAUAUGUAAAUUAUAUACUGCUUUUCUCUGUGUGUAGUUGAAGAUUAGCUUUCUAAUUAUCUAACCCAAUUUAAUCAGGAUUUGUGUGCUGUACCUAAGAGAUGAGUGAGCAAGUGUUCAUUCCUCAAUAGUUUUCUCUAAAAUUUGUAAGCUUGAGUGAAUGCAUUUUCAGUUGAUAUAGUACCAUGAUUGUAUCCCUCUAUUGUGAUGGCCUUCAAUAACCUUUGAAUCACUACCUUUUCUCAUGUUAUUUUCUGCCAUUUCCUGUAGCUAUUGGUAAAUUCUCUUAUGGCAUCGACUGUUUGCACUGAUCACUAACUUCAUUCUGCACAUGCCCAGAAUCACCAUGUCUUACUGGUUGUUUUGCUAUAGUAAUUUGUUCUCUAUAUUAUUCCAUUUUUUGAUAAUACUCGUAUCUGAUUAUUAGAUGUUCUGAACUCCCUCGGAUGGUAAUCUUCAUACAUUCUUGUCUUCACAAUGAAACCUGAAGGUAUUCAUCCCCUGUUCACUGAUUGUGCAAACACUACAGGCAUGCCUAUGUUUAUCCCCCACAAGGUAUGUAUUGUUGACCAGACCACACACUAGAAGUUGAAGGGACGACGACGUUUCGGUCCGUCCUGGACCAUUCACCAUUCCACAAUCGACUUGAGAAUGGUCCAGGACGGACCGAAACGUCGUCGUCCCUUCAACUUCUAGUGUGUGGUCUGGUCAACAUACUUCUGCCAUGUUAUUGUGACUCAUCGCCUGCACAAGGUAUGUAUUGAUGCUACUGACCUUUCAUACUUCAUGUCCACCACAUCCUCUGUGAGCACGUCCUUUGUAUGGAAACCCCUCUAUAUGCAUCACCUAAUCUAUGUGCACCUCCAUGAUACAAUUUGAAAUCUUUCUUUCCAUAUUUAUAGAUCAAAAUAUUGGCAUCUUUCUCCUUCCACUGUUCACAGAAUAUAAUUUCUACUAUGAUGUUCAAUGCUACUGUAAUUGUAUGACUUUGCAUUUAUAGGUUGUAAAUGUUUGAAAUUAACAUGUAUAAGCUUGAAAGUUAUUAAUUUUUUAUGUUUGGUACAGAGUUUACUGGUUGCAGCACUCUUUUUCAUCUCAUUUCCUUAGAUGUAGGCUCAUAUUUAAAGCUACACUGUCACAGAGUUGUGUUGGACUUGUAUCCAGAUAGCAUGUAAUUCAGAUAUGUUGUCUAGGCUUCUUCUCACUGCUGCUUUGUACUGUGCACUAUAAGUUGUAACAUCACUGGAGUCUUACAAUUGUACUACACAGAGCACAUAUAUCUAUUUUCAAUUACAAUUGUCUCCCGAGUUCAAGCAUGCUUUUUCAAUACUUUUAACUGUACCGUGAUGUAAAAGAUCACAGUGCUGAAGAAAUACUCGUCUUUCUAUAUACCUUACGUAUUGUCGUUUCCAAUCAUUGGAGAAAUUCGAAAUUCUAUUCUUGUAACUUCUGCCUUCGAACUGUGAGGAGACUUCGUGCGUUGGAAGCAUAACUAUUUUGCCGUUUUAAAUAUUCUAAUGGAAUCUCAAAGCAUUGUUUGUGAUCCAACUAAUAUUUUCCAGUUCCAUAAGCUUGAGAUUGUUUAAAAAAAAAAUUAAAUCACAUGACUAUAAAAUCUGUUCUCUAACCACUAGGUGACAUCUCACGGUUGUUCAGAACUGUAAAUGAGUUUGUGUCACAUUAGAUGGACACAAGAGUUCAAAUGUUAUUAUGAACACAUUAAAUCUUUAAUGAAU